AUACGGAAUAAUAAACUAAUAUUAUUCUUAAUUAUCGAGUAAAAAAAAGCCCCACAUUGGAAAAAAAUCUAUAAUCAAUUCUCUAUUCAUUGAAUCAUAAUCAAAAAUGAAAAAUGAAUGCAUUGUAUAAUGUAGUUUUCUGUUUGACUGUUCUACUGGUGAAUGUUCAAGGAUUAGGUAAAUAAUUAUUUUUUGUUGAUAUAGAUUACCUCACUAGAGAAGAUCCUCAUAGAUGUUGAAGUCGUUUAGACUCCAUAUUUUUGCCACCAAUAAAGCUUAAAAGAAUUUAUUUUCAAGAUAUGAUUAUUUUAUUGGGUAUCACUGCUCAGCUUUAUAUACUAUUUGUUGAAAUUAGAUUUGAUAUAUUUAAGUUUUAUUUUAUAAAGUUCUUUCCAUUAAUCAACCGAAAUUUUGUUCAAAUGCAACAUGGAAUCCUGACGCUAUAACUCUUGCGAAUAGUACCACCCUUGGCGUUUUCCCCCAAGGUCUCUUUGUCAAUAUUAACAACACUGUUUAUGUGACUGCAACAAGCCGUAAUACUAUUUUCGUAUGGUUAGAAGGAAAUACGAAUCCACAAACAUAUAUUUCUUAUGGUUUGGGUGGACCAACUGCUCUAUUUGUCACUGCUAAGGGUACUGUUUAUGUUUACAACAGUGCGAAUAAUGGUACCGUAGAGAAAUGGGUACAGAUUGGAUCAGGUUUUAAUCUUACUUCCAUGUUUGUUAAUGGUACUUGUUACAGUAUUUUUGUCGACAUCGAAAGCAAUAUUUAUUGUUCUAUGAGUGAUGUUAACACAGUAAUAUUAUUCAAUCACAGUGCAAAUACAAUAACUACUAUCGCAGGUAAUGGUACUGCCGGAUCCGGACCAUAUAUGCUAAGGAUUCCACGAGGAAUCUUUGUUAAUGUUGGCCUCAAUUUGUACAUAGCAGAUUGCGGAAACAAUAGAGUGCAAUUACUACAACGAGGGUAUACAAACAUGACAACUGUGGUAGAAUCUGGAUCGAAUCAGACAAUUAGAUUGCAAUGUCCAACUAGUGUUGUACUUGAUGCUGAUGGAUAUUUAUUUAUUGCGGACUAUAAUAAUCAGCGUAUAAUUGG